AUGGCGCAAGGCCGACUCACUCUUCCCGCAGAGACUGUUGGGUGUAUAUCGCAACACCUCGAGUCACCUGAUCUGCUAAGCUUACGCUCCGCCUGCCGGGCUCUAGCUGACAAGACAUCUGGACCUUUCCAGGACCGUUUCUUUCGCACGCGCCAUAUCAUGCUUGAACAUCAGAGCAUCCGGAACCUGGUCGAGAUCUCUCACCAUUCAGUUUUCCGUUGCGCGGUGCAAGUCGUCGAACUCACUACUGAUCACUUGGUCGCGCCUCCGGAUUACAUGAGCCGAGCGGACUAUGAGAUGUGUGGGAUUAACGAUGAAUAUGAUUGCAUCAGGCUCAGCGACGGUGAGACUUUGUCACUUGGCGAUGACAGUUACGAGGCUGUUAUUGAGAGGUAUAGGGCCGAAUGGGGUAGCUACAGGGACUUCCUUCUGAGAAAGGGAGACUGGAUCAGGGACUUGGUUGAGGCACUAUCCAACCUCCCUCAUUGCAAAGCUGUCGGCAUUGACGACGACGUCCGUCCCUGGGGGGCCCUUCGACUCGGUCGCCGCAUUGGCACGUUUCCGAACCGCUUCGUCACUCCCUUCCAGGCCCAGAGUAUGGUCUUUGCCACCACGUUGAUCAGAGCCCUGUUCAUAGGACUGCUGCACAGUCGCCAUGCUGUAGAGAGACUCUAUAUUCAGUUUGGCGAUCUGAAGACGGGCUGCACCUCUGUCACCCCACGCAUGCUAUCAACGAUCCCUGUGUCUGUAGACACUUUGAAGAAUCGGCUUGCUCCCAUCAAAACCCUGCUACUUGUGGUCAACCCAAACAGCCACCAGAACGCAUUCGAUGAGGAUGUGAAGAAACUAGUUUCCAACCACCGCCCCGAUCCAGGACUACGGAUUUCCGAUUGGUGUCCGGAGUUCUGCGGCUUCCUCCGUCUUUUUCUCACGCUGACCGACUUCACCUUACACUUCAAUCCCCGCGACGAAAGGCAAGCAAUUUCCGAGGCUUUCCGAGGAUCUUCGAAUUCCCAGCCUCCAGAGCCCUCCGUAUCGAGUUCGUCGACUGCACAAGGGACGAGCUUAUGA